CUCCCGGCUCCCGGCUCCCGGCUCCCGGCUCCCGGCUCCCGGCUCCCGGCUCCCGGCUCCCGGCUCCCGGCUCCCGGCUCCCGGCGUCCGGCGCGGGGUCGGGCGGGGAGGUGCUCCCCGUUGGGUUCUUUCCGGCUCCGGGGCCGCCUGCCGGGCCUGGCCGACAUGUCGGGGUUCAGCCCCGAGCUCAUCGACUACCUGGAGGGGAAGAUCUCCUUCGAGGAGUUCGAGAGGCGGAGGGAAGAGAGGAAGGCCCGCGAGAAGAAAGCCCUUCAGGGGAAAGGCAGGCCGCCGGCUGAAGAAAACGCAAGCGACGCUGGAGCCCCGUCGUCCUCGGGAACCGACCCCGCCAAAGCCCAGGACAACGACGCCAACGAGGGAGAAACAUCAGAUGGAGUUAGUAAGUCAGUUCACAAGGUCUUUGCUUUCAUGCUUGGAGAGAAUGAAGAUGAGGAGGAGGAGGAAGAAGAGGAGGAGGAGGAGGAGGAGGAGGAAGAAACACCUGAGCAGCCCACUGCCGGAGAUGUCUUUGUGUUGGAGAUGGUGCUCAAUCGUGAAACCAAGAAAAUGAUGAAAGAGAAGAGGCCUCGGAGCAAACUCCCCAGAGCUCUGAGAGGGCUCAUGGGUGAAGCCAACAUCCGCUUUGCUCGGGGAGAACAUGAAGAGGCGAUUUUGAUGUGCAUGGAAAUCAUCAGACAAGCUCCCCUGGCUUAUGAGCCAUUCUCUACUCUGGCCAUGAUAUAUGAGGACCAAGGUGACAUGGAGAAGUCACUGCAGUUUGAGUUGAUUGCUGCACAUUUAAAUCCUAGUGACACUGAAGAAUGGGUUAGAUUGGCAGAAAUGUCUCUGGAACAAGACAAUAUUAAGCAGGCAAUUUUUUGCUACACAAAAGCUCUUAAAUAUGAACCUACGAAUGUUCGUUAUCUGUGGGAGCGAUCAAGCCUUUAUGAGCAGAUGGGAGAUCAUAAAAUGGCAAUGGAUGGCUAUAGGCGCAUCUUAAACCUUUUGUCUCCAUCUGAUGGAGACCGGUUUAUGCAGUUGGCUAGAGAUAUGGCAAAGAGUUACUAUGAAGCCAAUGAUGUUACCUCAGCUAUUAAUGUAAUUCAAGAAGCUUUCUCCAAACACCAGGGCCUAGUCUCUAUGGAGGAUGUUAACAUAGGAGCUGAACUGUACAUUUCUAACAAACAGUAUGACAAAGCUCUGGAGGUAAUUAUGGAUUUUUCUGGAUUUUGCUGAAUCAUGCUAGAAAAAGAGCUCGAAGAAGGCACUUCAGAAGAGAAUACAGCUGCUGAGAAUGUGACCUGCACCAUCCCUGAGGGGGUGCCAAUAGACAUCACGGUGAAGUUGAUGGUCUGCCUUGUCCACCUCAACAUCCUCGACCACUUAAUGUAACCUCUCUUGACAACCCUGGUGGAGCAGAACCCGGAAGACAUGGGAGACCUCUAUCUGGAUGUCGCCGAGGCUUUCCUGGACGUUGGGGAAUAUAGCUCUGCGCUUCCUCUCCUUAGCGCACUGGUCUGUUCCGAAAGGUACAACCUCGCCGUGGUUUGGCUGCGGCACGCAGAAUGCCUCAAGGCCUUGGGCUACAUGGAGCGCGCUGCCGAGAGCUACGGCAAAGUGGUGGAGCUGGCCCCCCUGCACCUGGACGCAAGGAUUUCCCUUUCCACCCUGCAGCAGCAGCUGGGCCGGCCCGAGAGGGCGCUGGAAGCCCUGGAGCCCAUGUACGACCCGGACACGCUGGCACAGGAUGCCAACGCUGCGCAGCAGGAGCUGAAGUUACUGCUUCAUCGUUCUACUCUACUGUUUUCACAAGGCAAAAUGUAUGGUUACAUGGAUACCCUGCUUACCAUGCUAGCCAUGCUUUUAAAGGUAGCAAUGAAUAAAGCCCAAGUCUGUUUGAUAUCCAGUUCCAAGUCUGGAGAGAGGCACCUCUACCUUAUUAAAGUGUCACGAGACAAAAUAUCAGACAACAACGACCAAGAAACAGCAAAUUGUGAUACCAAAGCAAUAUUCGCUGUCCUCACGAGUGUCAUGACCAAGGAGGAGUGGUGGAACCUCCUGUUGAAGGCCAUAUUCUCCUUGUGUGAGCUGUCCCGAUUCCAAGAGGCUGAGUUACUUGUGGAUUCUGCGUUGGAAUAUUGUUCAUUUUAUGAUGACAGACAGAAACGCAAAGAACUAGAAUACUUUGGUCUCUCUGCAGCAAUUCUGGACAAAAAUUUCAGAAAGGCAUACAACUAUAUCAGGAUAAUGGUGAUGGAGAAUGUCAGUCGGCCCCACCUCUGGAACAUGUUCAAUCAGGUCACCAUGCACUCCCAGGAGGUGCGGCACCAUCGCUUCUGCCUCCGCUUAAUGCUGAAGCACCCCGAGAACCACGCCCUGUGCGUCCUAAAUGGACACAAUGCCUUCGUGUCUGGCAGUUUCAAGCAUGCCCUUGGCCAGUAUGUGCAAGCCUUUCGCACCCACCCCCAUGACCCUCUCUACAGCAUCUGCAUAGGGCUAACCUUCAUUCACAUGGCCUCUCAGAAGUAUGUGUUAAAGAGACAUGCUCUUAUUGUGCAGGGCUUUUCCUUUCUUAAUCGCUACCUCAGUCUACGUGGGCCUUGCCAGGAGUCAUUCUACAAUAUGGGCCGCGGCUUUCACCAGCUGGGGCUGAGCCACCUUGCCAUCCACUAUUACCACAGGGCCCUGGAGCUCCCUCCGAUGGUGGUAGAGGGUAUAGAAGUUGACCAGGUAGACUUACGAAGAGAUAUUGCCUACAACUUGUCUCUCAUUUAUCAGAACAGCGGGAAUAUUAGAAUGGCGCAGAGGCUGUUGUACACCUACUGUGUUAUUUAAGGCCCCUCAGCCAAGAAAGGGACAUUGGGCAGCUGCUAUGUGUGGAUAAGUACUUUUUAUCUCAAGGCUUAUUAUUAACCCCCAAAUAGUAUUGGUAAUUUUGGAAUUAUCUAACGUGUAUUUCGUAUUUAACAUAUCAUAAUGAUCUUUUGGUAGGUAUGUAAAAAUUAUUAUUUCUACAAGAUUUUGUAUAUUGUCCUGUCAUUUUCCUUUAGUAUUUUUAGUACAAUUGUCCCCAGGCUGAAAUGGACUAUAGUAACGUUUGAGUGGUUUGGAGUGGAAUACACUGAUUUUUCACUCAUACUGUUUAUUCAUCUGUGCAUAUGUUAAACGCCUGCUCUGUACCAGGCACUGUGAUAGAUGCCAGAAUACAGUAGUAAGACAGGUGUGCUCUCUCAAUACAAUUCCUUAAAUACAGACCUUGAGCAGUGAUUAUUUGAGAGAAAUGUUUGUUACAUUUCUACAUACAUCGUCAUUGUCAGCCAUUUAUUACUUAGCGCCUGUUACUAUUACAAAAGAGGUUGCUGAUUAAAGGAAAGACAAAGCGGGAAUAUUUCUGAUGUCAGCACAGUUAUGCAAUUCACUUAUCUGUACAAAAUGAUUUAAAAUGGUUAAUGGUAGGAAGACAAAUCAUCGAGUUAAUUUUUCCCUUUUCAUUUGUAUGUGUCUUAGCCACAUAGACUGAGACCUGGGAGGCUGGGCUCACUCCAGAACACUGUGCUCCCAGGCAGCUUAAGAAACGCACUGUCAGUGUUUGACAAUGGCUUUCUGACAAGAAAGAGAGGGUGAUGCUCAGUAGCAUAGCCUGGUUUCCAUUUCAAGGUCACUAGGGAUGUAGGAGGGCUGGGAACUGUAUACAUGGACUAGAGUAUUGAAUGCUCUUGGGUCUAAGAUAACAGUACUUGUUGGAUGUACAGAGUUUCUUUUAGGAGAAAAUAAAUGCUCUAAAUGUGCACAUGGAUUGUAACCUAGGCCAAGCGUGGGAGGAAAUAAGCCUGAGACAGGAUCAAAAAUGCAGUGGGGCUCUUCACACUAUAGACAUAGUCGAGAAGCAGAAUUUGUAUGUAAUACGUCAAUGCAUUAUUGUCCCUCUGUGUGUGUAAAUGUAAUUUAAAUAAAGUAUUUUUAUAAUGAA